AUGGAAAAGUUCCUGAGGGAUUGGCGGCAGGAUGCCCUGAACAAGGCCCAGCACGAUUCGGCCAUCUUUAUCGGAGACAAGCUGUUGGCCCUCACAAAUGACGACCAGGAUGCCUUUUGGCUUGCCCAAGUUCACUUUGCUACCGGCAACUACACUCGCGCCCAAGCGUUCCUGUCCAAACAAGACCUCAUCUCACGGAACCCGUCAUGUCGCUAUCUCGCAGGCCACUGUCUUAUCAAGCAGUCUCGCUUCGAAGAAGCGCUCGCAGUCCUCGGAGAACGAAACCCCACACACUUGAUAUCCAACGGCGGCAGCAACAAGCGCAAAUCACAGCCUCGCAACGGCAACCGGCGCCGCGAUGACGAGGGCGACACCGAAGAGCUGGCGAACCGACGCUUCGAGGCAGCCAUGUGUUUUCUGAGGGGUAUAUGCUACGCCAAGCAAAACGCCUUUGAUCGAGCCAAGGAGUGCUACAAGGACGCCGUGCGAAUCGACGUACGAUGCUUCGAGGCGUUUCAGCAGCUCAUGAAGAACUCGCUCCUGUCACCAGACGAGGAGUGGCAAUUCUUGGAGAGCCUCGACUUUGACUCGAUAUCUGUAUCUGGCGACUUGUCUUCAUCGCAGGAAGCUGCAGACUUUACCAAGAUGCUGUACACUACCCGGCUGUCCAAGUAUCGAAACCCUGCCGCGUUCGAGACGGCGUACGAUUCGCUCUCUACACACUACCACCUGGCUACGAACCCCGACCUCCAACUCGCGCGAGCCGAUCUUCUCUACACCCAGUGCCGCUACCAAGACGCACUCGCCAUUACCAAUGAGAUUUUGCAGCAGGACAAGUACAACUUUUCCAUAUACCCCGUUCACCUCGCCUGCCUGUACGAGCUCAAGAUGAAGAACCUGCUCUUCCUCUUGGCGCACGACCUCGCCGACACCCACCCCGAUGAGCCGUGCACCUGGCUGGCAGUCGGCACUUACUACUUUGCCAUUGACAAGAUUGCAGAAGCCCGUCGAUACUUUAGUAAAGCUAGUAUGAUGGAUGCUCAUUUUGGGCCAGCCUGGAUCGGCUUUGCACACACAUUCGCCGCCGAAGGAGAACACGACCAGGCCAUCUCGGCCUAUUCCACCGCCGCACGCCUCUUCAUGGGCACGCACCUGCCCCAAAUUUUUUUGGGCAUGCAAAAUCACGCCCUCAACAACAUGGGGCUAGCCGAAGAAUUCCUCAAGACGGCAUACGGGCUAUGCAAGACGGAUCCCCUGCUGUUGAACGAAAUGGGCAUUGUGAAGUACCACCAAGACCGGCCCCGGGAGGCCGUGCAAUACUUUGAAGCGGCCCUCGACAUUGCCGAAGAGAUUAACAGCGAGCCGGCCGCGUGGAUCGCCACCAAGACCAACUUGGGCCAUGCCUAUCGACGCCUUGGGCAGUUCAACAAGGCGCUGGACGUGUUCAACGACGUGCUUAGGAUGGGCGGUAAGGACGCAGCAAUCUUUAGCGCAAAGGGCCUCAUUUUGAUGGAGCAGAAUCGGCCAGACGAGGCCGUGGCCGUGCUACACCAGGCAUUGGCGAUACAUCCGCAGGACGGCAUUGCCACCGAACUAUUGACCAAGGCGUUCGCGGAGGUUACGUUGGCAGAUGCUGCUGCGGAGGAGGAGGCGGAUGACUUGGUUGACUUUGAGCAGCACUUGGAGCUGAAGAUGCGGGAGGCGACGCACAAGGUGAAUGGACGUCGCGGUGGUGGUCGGGGGAUGCUGGACAAGGGCAAGGGGAGGGUGACGAGGCGGCGGACGUUGUUGAACGAUGAGGACAAGGGGGAGAGCAUGAUGGAGGUGACGGAUGAUGAUGAGUAA